UGUACGCGGGUGGAGUGUCUAAGCCUCGCGUCUAUAUAUAUCUCCCGGGACCAACGGGCUCAUUUGGCUCAUUGCAGAGUUCGACAAAAAUCCAAGCUGUCUCUGUCCUUACUCCACCAGGAUGCCGGCGCAGAAGGUGGUCUUGAAGGUCUCCUCCAUGAGCGACGAGAAGGUGAAGCAGAAAGCAAUGGAAACUGUUGCGGAUAUCUACGGAAUCGACUCGAUAGGUGCUGAUCACAAAGAGCAGAAGAUGACUAUAAUCGGUGACAUGGACCCUGUUGAGAUCGCGAAGAAGUUGAAGAAGUUCGGGAGGAUAGAUAUCGUCUCGGUUGGCCCGGCCAAGAAUGAGAAGAACGACGACAAGAAAAGCGGAAAGAAGUGACCAAGUGUCUGUGUCACCUCCAUGGAUGCCCCUGAUUCUCCCUGUUGAAUGAAUAUACAUGGCACAACUUGAGGUUUUGCUUACUAGUAAUGUAGUAUGUUGGUGUACACAGUCUCUCGUCUAGGUAUAUGCAAAUGUAUGGUUAAAAAUUAAGUGCAUUGGUGGUAGGAAUACCCACUUAAUUUUAUACAACAUAUGGUAUAUAUGUAGCUUUGAUUAUUAUUAUUA